AUGUAUCCAAAGCUCGUCUCAAUUUCAAUUAUAAGCGUGAUGCUGGUAGUGUUAGCUCCAGUGCUGACGCUACGAUACACAGUGCACAAAACCAAGGUGACAUACUUCGAGGCUAUGACCCGGUGUAUAAAGAACGGCGGACAUCUAGCAACAGUUCUAGCGCCACUUCAGCAACAUCGAAUUUGGAGUGCAAUCACCAAAGCCAGCCUAUCGCAAGAAUCUUGGUGGACAUCUGGCACUGAUCUUGGCAUGGAAGGAUCGUGGAUCUGGUUAGCGCGGAAUGUGCCCCUUGGAAGCUUCGCAGGAUACACCAACUUUAUCGAUGGAGAACCGAAUAACGCCAACGGAACUGAACAUUGUCUGGCGAUGGUUGGUGGGACGAAGAAAGGACAGUGGAGUGAUGUUGGAUGCGAUACCUUACGCUUUUACGUGUGUGAACAUGAUUACUGA